AUGUUAAAGAAGACCGUGCAAGGGGGGGAUACAGGGGUAGCAACUUUGCGAGGUUUCCGAAAGCAGAGGGGGUGCGUAAACCACGUAUUCACGGUAGGGAGAAUAAUCCAAGGUAGAAAGAGGGCGGGAAAGCCGACGUACUGCUUCUUCCUGGACGUGAAAAAGGCAUACGACACCGUGUGGAGAAAUGGGUUGUGGAAACAACUGUCCAAAUACGGGAUCAAGGGGAAAAUGUGGAGAGUGCUGAAGAAGAUGACAGAGUGUACGAAAAGCGCGGUCAUGCUAGACGGAGAACUGUCAAAAUUCUUCGACAUUGAGCAGGGGGUCCCACAAGGUUGCACGCUGUCCCCAACAUUGUUCCAGGUGUUCAUCAACGAUCUGUUGGAAGUCGUAGAGGCAGUCCGGAAGGGAGAGAAAGUAGGGGAAACGGAAACGUCAAUUUCAGGAAUGCUGUUUGCGGAUGAUUUUGUCGGUAUGUCGGACACCCCUGAGGGACUGCAACUGCAAAUUGACGCGGCGAAGAAGUUUACUGAUAAGUGGAGAUUGUCUGCCAACGUU